AGUGUCGAAGAGAAGUGCGCCAUUUUGGCUCAAACAAAGUCAGAAACAUUUUAUCCUUGAUAAAGUAUUCUAUUGAAAAAACACACAAUACGAUGUGAACGCACUACAGGUCAGAACCCUGGUUUUCCACGAGUAAACAUUUGAUGCAGAUGUAACUUUUUGAUUGUUGUGUUGUGGUUGUAUAGGUAAAAAUAAUGCAUUAGUAUAAUAUCCACAGCUGAGCUCCAGUGGCAGCCAAGCUAACUUAGCGACUGCUGAAUUUAGCUUUGCCGUUUGUUUUGUAAACUGAGGCGAUGGGCGGCUGCUCCGCUCCAAACUGCUCCAAUUCCACCAGUAUUGGGAAACAGCUGUUCAGGUUCCCCAAAGACCCUAUUCGUAAGAAGAAAUGGGUGGUGAAUUGUCGACGUGACUUUGAGCCAACUCCUCACUCCAGACUCUGUCAGGACCAUUUCGAGCAGAGUCAGUUUGAGGAGAUAGCCAGAUCUCCAGCUGGGGGGAAGAAGCUGAAGCCUAAUGCGAUUCCCACUUUGUUCAGUGUUGGAGACCCACCUUACCCUGCAGUCACCACUCCAUACAUCUUACUGCCCCUGAAACCAGAACCAGUGGAGAAGGAGUUGAAUUUUGGAGACCAUGGCUAUGCGAGGCGCACCCCUCUGCCCAGGCUGGAGGAGGAGGACGUAGACAGAUCUGCAGAGGACCAGCAGCCCUGUACUCAAUGUCAGCUUCUCAAGAAACAGCUGGAACAGGAGAUGCAACAUACCGCAAGGCUACAGAAGGAGGCAGAGGAAAUGAAGAAGCGCCUCUAUCGGCUAGACCGGAUUGAAAAGGGCCUCCAGAACUUUCUGUACGAGGAUCAGAUUCGUGCCCUGUCCCUCACUAAGCGCUCCCGACGUGCUGUCUGGUCUCCUGAGACAAUCAUGAAAGCACGAAAGAUCCGUUGUGCAGUUGGCACUAAGGGCUACGAGUAUCUGAGAGAGGUGGGAUACCCGUUACCCUCCUACAGGACCCUGUGUAACCGUCUGGAAACUAAAAUCAUGGUGACAACUGAUAUGAGCUGCGAGGAACUGGCUGAACUGGGUCUCGGGCUCAUGGCCACCUGUGACAGUCCCACACAAGGUGUUGGGGACAAUGACGAGGAAGAACUAAUAGGUGUUUUAUCCUGAUUUUUGCCAGUUUGCAUUACUUAACGACACUAAUGAAUAGGAUGAAUUUGCCGUGUUACGUGUCUAGAGAUGACAGAAGUUGGAGAUGCUUUGUUUGUUACCAAUGAAAGCCAUUUGCUGCAACUUAGUCAUGCUUUGCUUCACAUAAAUCAGAUCCUAAGUGAUUUGAAGCAUCACCCGCUUGUGAUCCACACCACUAAAACACAGAAACAUUAUGUGAGAUGCUAGGGCUUGCAGAUAGCGUAGGGUUCGCUUUAUGGAUUGUGGCUGAUCUGCUGUAUGGUACAAUUUUCAGACACGUGAAGAGACAUACCUCAUUGCACAGGGCCUGUUGAAUUUGCUGCAUGUGAUAAAGGUCGAGUCUGGGACAGCUGAUUUGUUUACACGCGUAAUGGAGGAGUAUUCAGGAUAACCAAAUAUACUAUACAUGGGUAUUCCAGCAUUAUGAAAACUACUGUGGCAUGUAACAUUCACUAUUUGUUUCUGUGCUUAAUGAAACUUGUAUCUUUUGAGAAGAUUUCCCUAAAUAUUAUUUAUCAUUUGAUCAUGGGCGUAAAGGAGCAAACAGUCAAAUAUCUGGGUAAAUGCUUGUUUGGAUUUUGGUCUUAAAAUUAUGUUCACCUUCAUUAUUACAAACUCUACUAAAGUACUGUCAAAAAGUCUUGUUUAUUUCCCUUUAAAGGUGUCUACUUCAUGCAUUUUGUUUUGAUCCCAAUUUCAAAACUGCUACUUGUGCAGAGUUUUUUUUUUUUUUUAAACAUCUGAUUCUACUGUUGACUGAACAGGGUUUAGUCCAUGACCAAACACAAAAUAAAUCCUUCACUGGUAAAUGUUUACACUAAA